GGUUCCCAAUACUAAUACAGUAUACCUGAUAUAUCUCCAUACGGCUGCGAUCUGAUGUCCAAGCAUGAUGCCGUAUGUUUGAUCUCAACACUUGCUGUAAAUGAUGAGGGACAUAUAACAGAUACCUCCUGUACCAAACUUCAAUAAAGCAAUUCUCUAACAGCAACAACUCUCACAUCUAUCGAGCAACCCAGAAAAACGAACUGGUCAAACUCUGAAUCAUCAGCAGACUUCAAUCAAGCACCAAAAAUGUGCAACCCAGUUAUCUACAUCUGCCACCACCUUCCCACCGCCCUAAACCCUACUCCCUGGUUUAGCUGUUCCACUCAUCCCACCCCAUUCCACCGCAACAGAAUCAUCCCUAUGAGUUUUGCAUGCAAACCCGCGCCAGGAACUAUCGUUGUAAGACGUCCACCUGUCAGAUUAUUUUGUCAGCGAUGUCGCGAUAAAUGGAGAUUAGGAGGACUGUAUGAAAUAGAAGCUACGAAAAGUAUUGCAAGAGUGGAUAGUGCGUUGGCGGGAACAGAAUUUCAGUUGACGAACAAAGAUAUUCAAGAGGGCUUGAGGAAGGCAGAUGUGUUGUUUAGGAGUGAGAGAUUUUAAGUCUGGGGGCGGAGAUGGAGGGUGAUUAGAGGUGACAUCAAUACAACGUCAUAUCCGUUUUUAAAUGAUUUUUAGAUUUACAACCAGCCGGUACUAUCAUCCGAGAUUAGCUACGAACGAAAAAUUUCGAGAUCGAUUCACUGGAUGUAGUCUGAACAUCUUGUCAAAUGGGCAUCUUAGCAAGAUGUUCUACAGCACUUCAUUUCCAAGCUAGCAGACCAGAGCGCAGAUAGUCAUUUUCAACGGAGCUUCAUCACGAGGGUAGUGGUGGAAAAUGAGAAUUGGGGACUUAUCA